AGCGCACAAUUUAAAAACUCUUUUCCCUUCUCCGCUCCUCUCCCUCCCCCCGACCUCUCCGAAUCCCACGGCCAAAACCCUAGCCCCAAAUCGAUACCUUGGCUCCAUGGGCGACUCCUUCGGCGUCCUCCUCACCUACCCCAUGGACUCCUACCUCGAGGAGGAGCUCGCGCGGCGCUUCCGCCUCUUCCGCCUCUGGGAGGCCCCUCCGGGGCGGCGCCUAGGGUUCCUCCGCGCCCACGCCUGCUCGAUCCGCGCCGUGGUGGGGAACACCGCCGUUGGCGCCGACGCCGACACGAUCGACGCGCUGCGGGCGCUCGAGAUCGUCGCCUCCUUCAGCGUCGGGCUCGACAAGGUCGACCUCGCCAGGUGCCGGGCGCGGGGGAUUCGAGUCACCAACACCCCCGACGUGCUCACCCACGACGUCGCCGACCUCGCCGUUGCGCUCGCCAUCGACGUCCUGCGCCGCGUUGGCGCCGCCGAUCGAUUCGUGCGGAGAGGGGCGUGGGAGAAGGAGGGGGACUUCGAGCUCGCCUCUAGGUUUAGCGGGAAAAAAGUCGGCAUUCUCGGCCUCGGCCGGAUCGGCUUAGCGGUCGCCACGAGAGCCGAGGCAUUCGGCUGCGCGAUCAGCUACACCUCGAGAUCGGAGAAGCCGCACCACCCGAACUACAAGUACCACUCGAACGCCGCCGACCUGGCGGCCGACUGCGACGUGCUCGUCGUGUCGUGCGCGCUGACUGAGGAGACCCGCCGCAUCGUCGACCGGGCGGUCAUCGACACGCUGGGGCCGAACGGCGUGCUGAUAAACGUGGGGCGCGGCGCGCACGUCGACGAGCCCGAGCUCGUGUCCGCGCUGGUCGAAGGACGGCUGGGCGGGGCCGGUCUCGACGUGUUCGCGGACGAACCGAGCGUGCCGGAAGCGCUUCUGGGGUUGGAGAAUGUGGUGUUGGUGCCUCAUGUGGGGAGCAGCACCUGGGAAACAAGUAGGGCAAUGGCUGAUUUGGUUAUAGCCAAUUUAGAAGCACAUGUGAUGAAAAAGCCUCUACUGACUCCAGUAAUCUGAAGAAUUGUUUGGAUGGGAUGUUUCAUAUUUGUUGUUGUAAAGCAAUUUUUUUGGAUGAGUCUCAAUCAAUAACAAAUGUGCUUGAAUUUAAUCUCA